GAGCACAAGGAGCGCUACGGGGUCCCGGCCGACCGGCACCUCGUCCUCACCUAGGCGCGCCGGCGCCCCCCACCCCUCCCGGCCCCCUAUGACUGUGGAUGGGGGUGAAAUUAAAGGCGGGGACAGACUGGCGGUGUUUGUGUGUUUUGCCCAGAGGGGAGGUCUGCGCGCUCGACUCAGCCCUGCCCCACCCUCGCCUCCUCCCUGCUCGGCUCCACUCCCGAUCAGACAGUCUCAGUUGGGCUUCUGGGCCCCCCAGCUGCUGGGGCCCAGCCCUCGGCUCUCCAGCGUCAUAUUAGUCUCCCACGGUAGUUGCCUCACCUCCCUCCCACAGCCCCUCGCUCCUCCCAGACCCGCCCUGCAAGCCAGCCCAGACUGACUGACUCAGGAAGCUCAAAGAUCAAUCCGAGAACAGCCUGGACAGGUCCGACUCCAACCAUCUCCCCGUCCACACCCCCCUCCACACACACACACAUACACACUCACACCGCCCCACCACACACGCAAUCCCGGAGGUCCAAAAGGCUCGGCCCCUUGGACUAGAAAGCCUUCCCAGGUACUUUUUCUUCUGCGGUCCUGGAGCGCUGCUGGCCCAGGACUGCUCCUGGGAUAGGAGUCUCCUCCACCUUCCUGCCGCCCUCUCCUGCACCAUGAAGACCCUGAAGAAGCAGUGGCUGGAAGUAGUGGGUGCCUACCAAUUCGUGCUCACUUUCCUUUUCAUGGGCCUUUCUUCAUUCCUUCUUGUCUUCUCCCUCCUCUUCACAUCCCUCUGGUCAUUCUCUGUUCUCUACUUGGCAUGGCUCGUCCUAGACUGGAACACACCCAACCAAGGUGGAAGGCGGUCUAAGUGGAUAAGGAACUGGACCAUUUGGAAACACCUAAGGGAUUAUUAUCCUAUCAAGCUGGUGAAAACAGUAGAGCUGCCCCCUGACCGGAACUAUGUAUUUGGCUCUCAUCCACAUGGGAUCAUGUGCGUCGGAACCGUCUGUAAUUUCUCCACCGAGAGCACUGGCUUCUCCCAGAAGUUCCCUGGGCUUCGGGCCUCACUAGUUGGGCUGGACGGACUCCUCCGCAUUCCAAUCUAUCGAGACUACCUCAUGUCCACUGGAGUAUGUUCUGUGAGCCGCCAGAGCCUGGAUUUUAUUCUGUCACAGCCCCGGCGUGGGCAGGCCGUGGUCAUCCUGGUUGGGGGUGCCCAAGAAUCCAUGUAUGCACUCCCAGGGGUGCAUCAGGUUGUUCUCCAGAAUCGCAAAGGCUUUGUACGCCUGGCGCUGAGGCACGGGGCCUCCCUGGUACCUGUGUACACCUUUGGGGAGAAUGAUGUCUUCAGACUUAAAGUUUUUGCCACAGACUCUUGGCAGUAUCUGUGCCAGUCCAUCAUCAAGAAGUACCUGGGCUUUGCUCCUUGCAUCUUCUGGGGCCGCAGUCUCUUCUCAGCCAACUCCUGGGGCCUGCUGCCCUUCCCUGUGCCCAUCACUACUGUGGUGGGCCGCCCCAUCCUGGUGCCCCAGAGCCUCAACCCCACUGACGAGGAAGUUGACCACUACCACACGCUCUACAUGAAGGCUCUGGAGCAACUGUUUGAGGAGCAUAAGGAAAGCUGUGGUGUCCCUGCUUCUACUCACCUCACCAUCACAUAGCCCUGGCCUUGCCCUGCCCCCCAGCUCCUGAGCUCCUAAUCCCAGUGCACUGAAACCCCCCCCACCACCACCACCACCACCUACUGCUGGGUCUAGUCCUCCAAUAAAAGCUAGUUCUCACCCAGCUGGUGUGCUCAGUGGUCGACCUAUAUGAACCAGGAGGUCACAGUUCGAUUGCUGGUCAGGGCACA